AUCUACUUGGAUGGAGGACACAAAAGAUUUGUAAACAUGGAUCACAUAUCAGCUCUCAGUAACAGUUACAUUUUUAUGAUACAGUGUCAGACAGACAGAGCAUGUUCUGUGUUUCCUUCACCCUGUUAUGUAACAUCGGUGUAGCUAUCAGCCAGUCCAUGGUGUAUGCACACACCUCCUACUCUCGUCCACUAGUAUGGGAGGGCCUAGGUGAGCACGGACAUUCAAAACAGCCAGAUAAGCACCUGCAAUCAGUCAAACAUUCACUACUUUCACCAUGAUUUGUCCUGACACUCUCACCCAGAUAGUUCAGGGGAGGCAAGGCGGGACUUCACAAACAAGUUGUCACUUUUAUAGAUGACGGCCCUCCUGCCUCUGGCUGGUGAACCAAUGGGACGGGGCUAUACCAGGCAAUGGGCGGUCCUCGUGGUGUUCAUGCAACAUAGUCUCAGAACACUUCCAGGGUGAUCACUCUGGCUCCAGUACCAGGACGAAAGAGAGGACAAGAGGAAGUAUACAAACAUGGGAAAGGAGAGAUAAAAAAAAGGACAAAUGUGGAGAGAAAAAUAGAGAGAGGGAGAGAAAGAGAGAGUUACCUGUAUUUCCCCAUGUUGGUUGUGUUAGAGUGAUUGAGACUUGUGCUCCAGGAUCCUAUAACUGACUGCAAAGGUCUGACUUUCUGAGGCUCCCUGUUUGGGUGAACUCAGAGACUGACUGGAGCUUGGCUAAGAGGCCCACCCCCACUCCUCCUCAGCCCCCCUCCCGCCCCUCCGCUUUCAGCGCUCAGAGGCCAUGGAGGCAGUUAUGACCCCGAGGAGCUGUGUCCCGUCCCUGGAGCGCCGUGCUCGACAGCGUAAGCCCCCUCUGGAAGUGCUGAAGACCAAGGUGAAGCAGGGCCUGGCCUGCUCAGUACCCAGGGUUCGUUCCACCCUCACAGGCUUCUUCCCCGUGGUGCGCUGGCUGCCCCGCUACAAGCUCCGGGAGUACGCGUGGGGAGACGCCAUGUCAGGACUGAUCGUGGGCAUCAUCCUGGUGCCCCAGGCCAUCGCCUACUGCCUGCUGGCCGGGGUGGACCCCAUCUACGGCCUCUACACCUCCUUCUUUGCCAACAUCAUCUACUUCUUCAUGGGGACCUCCAAGCACGUGUCAGUGGGCAUCUUCAGCCUGAUGUCCCUGAUGGUGGGCCAGGUGGUGGACAGGGAGGUGUUCCUGGCCGGUUAUGACCUGAAUGAGGACGGGGCGUCGGCGGUCCUGAACGAUAGUCUGCUUGUUAACGGAACGGCAGGAGGCCUGAAGGGGGAGAAGGAGUAUUACGCAAUCAGCAUCGCUGCCGCUGUUACCUUCCUGGCUGGCAUCUACCAGGUGCUGAUGGCGGUGUUCAGGCUGGGCUUUGUCUCUGUCUUCCUCUCUGCCCCCAUGUUGGACGGCUUCGCCACAGGGGCCUCCUUCACCAUCCUGACCGUGCAGGCCAAGUACCUGCUGGGCCUAAAGAUCCCCAGAUACCAGGGCUACGGCACUGUGGUGGUCACCUGGGUCAACAUCUUCUCCAACAUCCACCACACCAACCUCUGUGAUCUCAUCACCAGUGCCAUCUGCAUCUUUGUCCUGGUUGCCGGUAAGGAGCUGCAGGAACGCUACAAGGACCGCCUGAAGAUCCCGCUGCCCACGGAGUUGCUGGUGGUAGCGGGCGCCACCCUGACCUCCCACUUCGGCGACCUGCAUGGCCGCUAUGACUCCAGCGUGUCGGGCCACAUCCCCACGGGCUUCAUCCCCCCCACGGUGCCAAACUUCGGCCUGAUGCCCCGCGUGGCCCUGGACGCCAUCCCGCUGGCUGUCAUCAGCUUCGCCUUCACCGUCUCGCUCUCCGAGAUGUUCGCCAAGAAGAACGGCUACACGGUGCGGCCCAACCAGGAGAUGCUGGCCAUCGGCUGCUGCAACAUCAUCCCCUCCUUCUUCCACUGCUUCACCACCAGUGCGGCGCUGGCUAAGACCAUGGUGAAGGACUCCACGGGCUGCCAGACUCAGGUGUCGAGCCUGGUCAGUGCCCUGGUGGUCCUCCUGGUCCUCCUCUUCUUCGCGCCGUACUUCCAUGCCCUGCAGAAGUGCGUCCUGGCCUGCAUCAUCAUCGUCAGCCUCCGCGGCGCCCUCAGGAAGUUCCGCGACGUUCCCAGCAAGUGGCGGGCGAGCAAGACGGACGCCGUGGUCUGGCUGGUUACUGUGGCGGCCUCCGCUCUGAUCACCGUCGAGCUGGGGCUGCUGGUGGGUGUGGUGUUCUCCAUGAUCUGCGUCAUCUUCCAGACCCAGAACCCCAAAGUGUCUCUGCUGGGCCAGGCCGGGACCUCGGAACUGUACGAGGACAUUGCGGAGUACAAGGACUUGUCGGCGCCGUCCGGCGUCCGCAUAUUCCGUUUCCAGGCGCCGCUCUACUACGCCAACAAAGAAACCUUCCUAAAGUCCCUGUACAAGGCCGUGGGCCUGGAGCCCUUUCUGGAGCUGACACGCAGGCGCAAGGCCCAGAAGAAGAGCCUCCUGGCUGCCAAACAGGCUGAGGCCAGCAGGGGGGACAAGACCAACGGAGAUGCGAUAGUCGGGCUGGUGAACGCAGACUUGCUGUUCCACACCAUUGUCUUGGACUGCUCCUCCGUCCCCUUCAUCGACUCUGCCGGCAUGGGCACUCUGAAGGCAGUGCUGAAGGAGUACCAGGAGGUGGAUGUGAGCGUGUUGCUGGCAGUGUGUAACACCAACGUCAUCGACACCCUGAGGAGAGGGUCCUACUUUGGGAAGAAUGACAAGGACAUAGACAGUUUGCUGUUCCACACGGUUCACUCUGCUGUUCUCUAUGCCAGCGAGGUCGCCAACACAGCUGACAAAGCAGCAGGCGACACAUGGCCAGGCGAGACAGCAGAGGACUCUGUGGUGUAGAGGAGGAUGAGGGUGUAUUUGACCAGAAGUGUGGUAAAGGAAGGAACUAGUCCUGGCAGACCUGGAUUCAACAUAUAACAUAGUCUUCUAAAUGAGUUGUUUAUCCUGACAGUGAGAGAUCCUUCUCGAUACAAACCUUUGCCAUAAAAACUUUUGCUAUAAAAAAGGUUUCUCAAUUAUUUUUAAGAAGGUUGUCCUACAAGGAUAACCAGAACAUUCCAUGCUCAAGGUGGAUCCUUUUUUCCAAGUGUAGUUUCUUGAACUGAUAGUAUGUAAUCAACAAUGUAUUGAAUGUUAAUCAUGGUGGUAAGGGAAGGUCGUUAAGGUAAUGCCGACUCUGUGGUCUGCGGAUGUAUCACCCUUAUUCCUCUCGAAGAGGUUUGUAUGUCAACAUAAAAAUGUAGGUCAUCUUUAUAUGUUCUACAGGACUCUGAUUAGGGACCAGUCAUAUGGAAUUAUGCCAAAGUAGCAUAGAAGAGAUCAAAGGGGUUUGUUCUACUUUGCCCCCUAAGGCUGUAACAUGCCGAACUGUUCACAAAUGAGCAAUUGCCUUAAUAGUUAGGCUACUUAAACUAUGAGACAAACAACAUAUUGUGUGACUCAAUUGUCUGUAAAAAAAAUGCCAACAAUCUGGAAUAAGCAUGAAUUAAACCUCCCAUAGGUGUAGGCUACAGAUAUGAUCACCGUUCUAUUAUGUUUAACUGGAUUAUAUGGCCAUGAUUUAAAACAUGCUGUUUAUGUAAUAUCUGUAAAAAGGCAGAGACUUGUUUUACUGUAAACCUGAAUAUUGUACAGCUUUCAUGACUUUGAUUUGUGUCAAGAUUGUGGAUCCGUUGGCAUUAACUUACAUUUGUAAUCGUUCUAAUGUGUCAAGUAGUGUCACUUUAUUGCUUUCUAGAUAAAUAGGGAAUGGGUGUAGUUGCACAAUAUAACCGAGCAAAAAGUGAAGACUGUUAUUUGUUUUGUAUCGAUAUACUUGUGUCGUAUGCUUUUGAUACAUUACUGUAAUAAAACCAUGGUUAUUUGAAA